AUGCCCGACAGAAACCGGAAACGCGAUCAAGACGGCGAUGACAGCGACACAAUCAUGGACGUCGAUCAUGUCUUCUCGCUCUUCAGGCGAGACUCAGACCACUGGCAACACCAACGGUCUCGUCGCCCACCAAUCGUUGAUGUCCGGCGGAGAUGUCGCACAUUCACGGCACCAAGCGUGCCCACUCUCCCGGUCAGCUUAGCCCAGCUCCACCCCGCCAACAAGCUUCGCAUCACGGAGGGAACGGUGGCUCCUGUAUUCGAGCCUGCAGCACAAAUCAACAACGACCAGAUUCAGCAGGCUGUCAAGUCUCACAAAGAGAGAUCCCAAGCCCGCCGUGCAGAACGUGAACAUGCUAUCCGAGCCGAGCGGAAGAAAAACCUCGCACGUAUUGCGAAGCGCAAGACAGAAUGCGAGCGGAAGUAUGAGGAAAACCGAUCCCGAGAAGCUGCCGGCAAUAGCGACAGCCAGGCUGCCCAGUUCGAGGGCAACGCAGAUGGCUUCGGCAGCGACAGCGACAACGACAGUGAGAGCGACAGCGAUGGCGACGGCGAUGUUGCUCCUAAUGAUGCUGGUCCUAAUGAUCUUGAUGCCGACACCGAGUCGAUCCAAACCUCACGAUCCAACGGGGUUGCGCGACAUACUGUUCCCGAGAAGCGCCGGCAGUCUUCCUCUGUAUCACCUUCCAUGUACUCAAACAAGCGCCAACGCCGCGGAAGUGACGCAGAUCCUACGCUCCUGUCCGGGCAAGUUCCGAAUCCCGGAAACCACACCCCAAGCUUGUCCAUCGUGGGGGAUGGGAAUGAAUAG